AUGGAUUACGAGACGCUCAAGGAGCAAUGGAGCGAGGUCGAGGAUCGCGAUGGUGUCCGACUGAGUUGGAACGUUUUCCCCAGCUCCCGCAUGGAAGCUUCAAGGCUUGUUGUACCCAUCGGAGCGCUCUACACUCCCUUGAAGGAGAAGCCAGAUACUCCUCUCUUGCAUUUCGAGCCAGUGACUUGCAAGCAGCCAUGUCGUUCAGUGUUGAACCCAUUCUGCCAGGUCGAUGUUCGGGCGAGAGUUUGGAUCUGCCCUUUCUGUCUAUCAAGAAACCAGCUUCCCCCACACUAUAAAGACAUCACCGCGAACGCCAUCCCACCAGAACUACACCCCGCCAACACCACGAUAGAAUAUCGUUUGUCCCGACCUGCACCUGCACCGCCGAUCUUUCUAUAUGUUGUGGAUAUGUGCCAGGAGGCGGACAGCCUCGCUUCUUUGAAGGAAUCCCUUGUGAUGAGCCUGAGCUUGCUACCAGAGAACGCUCUCGUCGGUCUCAUCACUUAUGGCACAAUGGCACAUGUCCAUGAAAUUGGCUACGAGGAAUGCGCCAAGUCAUAUGUGUUCCGAGGCAGCAAGGAGUAUGCUGCCAAGCAAGUUCAAGAGAUGCUUGGAUUGUCAACCUCUGGUGUGCGACCAGGCAUGCAGCCGCAGCCUGGUCGACCUUUCCCCGCAGGCCCGGCAUCUCGCUUCCUUCUGCCAGUUCAGCAAGCUGAAUUUCAGCUGACGAAAGCCCUUGAAUCUCUUCAAAAAGACCCUUGGCCUGUUGCGAAUGACAGGCGUAACCUGCGGUGCACUGGUGUUGCCCUCAGCGUCGCUGUUGGAUUGCUGGAGUCGUCUUUCCAGAAUGCAGGCGGUCGCAUCAUGCUGUUCUCUGGUGGCCCCGCUACCGAAGGACCGGGCAUGGUCGUUGGCCCUGAAUUGAGAGAGCCGAUUCGAUCGCAUCACGACAUUGACCGUGACAACGUCAAAUACUAUAAGAAGGCAUUGAAGUUUUAUGAAAAUCUCGCCAAGAGGACCGCCCACAAUGGCCACAUCAUUGACAUCUUUGCUGGUUGUCUGGAUCAAGUCGGUCUUCUUGAAAUGAAGGGGCUCUGCAAUUCGACCGGUGGUCAUAUGAUUUUGACCGACAGCUUCACUUCUUCCAUGUUCAAGCAGUCGUUCGUGCGAAUUUUCGAAAAGGAUGGCGACGACAAUCUCCUUAUGGGUUUCAAUGCCGUAUUGGAAGUUCUGACUACCAAGGAACUGAAGGUCACUGGACUCAUUGGACACGCGGUUUCCCUCAACAAGAAGUCCAUCUCUGUAGGUGAGACUGAAUGUGGUAUAGGUAACACAUGUUCUUGGAAGAUGUGUGGCAUUGAUCCCAAAUCGAGUUACGGAGUGUACUUCGAAAUUGCCGGCCAAGGUCCUGCCACACAGCAACAAGCACCGCAAAAGGGGAUGAUGCAGUUCUUGACCUAUUAUCAACAUGCUUCUGGUCAGUUCCAUCUUCGUGUUACAACUGUCGCGCGAAACCUCAGCAGUCCUGCUGGGGACCCAGCACUUGCGCAGUCAUUCGAUCAGGAAGCUGCCGCUGUCCUCAUGUCGCGAAUUGCUGUGUUCAAGGCCGAGGUCGAUGACGGCCCUGACGUCUUGAGGUGGGUUGACAGAAUGUUGAUUCGUCUGUGCUCGCGAUUUGCGGACUACCGAAAGGAUGAUCCUUCAUCCUUCCGACUGGAGAAGAACUUCACUUUGUACCCUCAGUUCAUGUUCCAUCUCCGCCGCAGUCAGUUCCUUCAAGUCUUCAACAAUUCUCCUGAUGAGACGGCAUUCUAUCGACAUGUACUCAAUCAUGAGGAUGUCAGCAAUUCGCUUGUCAUGAUACAACCUACUCUAGACUCCUACACCUUUGACCAGGAUGGAGGACAGCCGGUUCUACUUGACUCUGCUUCCAUCCAGCCUACCCACAUCCUCCUUCUGGAUACUUUCUUCCAUAUCUUAAUCUUCCAUGGUGAAACAAUUGCCGAAUGGAGAAAGGCCGGUUACCAGGAUCAAGAAGGUUACGAGAACUUUGCUGGUUUGCUCGAACAGCCCAAAGAAGAUGCUCGCGACUUGAUUACUGACCGCUUCCCUCUUCCACGAUUCAUUGUUUGUGACGCGGGUGGCUCUCAGGCUCGUUUCCUGCUUUCUAAGCUUAACCCAUCUACCACACAUACCACUGGCCCCUACGGUGGUGUGGGAGCUACAACUGCCCAGACAAUCUUCACAGACGAUGUAUCCCUGCAGACUUUCAUGGAUCAUUUGAUGAAGCUUGCCGUCAGUGGUACCAACUAA